AUGAAGCUGACUCUCUUCCAUCUGCUUCUGCUCCUCAAUUAUGUCCGAGGCAAACCCCUGUCCGACUUACAGAGCUUGAAGCAGAUUUUGGAAGAGAUGAAGGGCAUACCUCAUGGCUCCUCGGAGGAGACGCUGGACGGAGAGAAGUCGGAGCGUGGAGAUCCAGACUGGCGUCCCGGGGACUUCUCGGACCCCGGCAACUCGGCACUGGAGGCAAAGACCCACGUCUUCUCCCGUCUCUUCAAAGACCUCUUCCGGACCUCCAAGGGCUCCUGGGGCCGCUACAAGAAAGGCGGGCUGAGGAGCUGCUUUGGCGUCCGCUUGGACAGGAUUGGAUCUUUCAGCGGGCUGGGAUGCUGAGGGUGAGGAGAGAGAAAGGUAAACCAUUUGGGGGCUAACACCAUCAAGACCCGUCAGCAAAGUAGUAACAUUGUUUUUACUGUAUUGUUUUUACUGUACAUUUUCCCUUUCAUAACUUAUUGUUUAUGUUUGAAUUAUUAUGCUGCUAACAAAACACUUGCCUUGUAUUAAAUGGUUUUGCAGUAAAGCAUUUUGCAUACAAGUGAUCUGUCAUCUUUUCCUACAUAGACAUGUUCUAAGGGUACGCAGCAUGGAGCGCUACUGCCUACUGUUUUAUAUGUAUUUUUUAUGAAUGAUAAAAGUGUCUGCCAAAUACUUCAACAUAAACAUAUAUAAACACCUGAAAGUCUUUAUAUCAGCUAAAACCAGCAAUCUGUUUCACUGCAUUCAGAACUUAUAGCAUAUAAGAAUAUUCUAUUACUGUUAAGCAAACUAUGAAUAAUAAAACAUGUGUCCUUUAUCAUAGCUACACGUAUGACAAAAAAGGGGGUGAAAAUCAGUGGUAUUCAGUGAGGUAAGAUGAAUUAAAUGUGCUGACAGUUCAUUGCUCCUGCCAAAUGAAUUGUACUGAGUGGAGCGGAUCACCACUCCAAGAUGGCGGCCCCGCGUCUCGUCAGCGCCAGUAAGCAGUAGCGCUCCAUGCUGCGUACCCUUGGAACACGUCUAUGCUGUCAACUGUCAAUUUAGGCUGCUCGCCGGCUCCUCAUCACCACUUCAAGAUGGCGGCCCAAUUUCUCGCGUCACAGCAGCCAAUGCUGCGUCUACUUAUGAGAUGUCUAUGUUUUACCAUGAAUUGAUUGAUUGAUUGAGACUUUUAUUAGUAG